AUGGCAGACUACAUGACCCUCCACGCGUCUGCCUACCCUCCAGCCAGCUGGACUUUCCUCACAUACCGUCAGUCCAAGCCCUCACGGACCUCCAACAAUGAGCUCUGGACCGAGAUGACCAGUCAAUACGAGCUGUCCAUGGCAAAGCGAAAACUUAUCUUCACCAGCAACUACCUUUCAAAAACCGCCACAGAAGAAAACGUACACAAGAUGAGAUCCGACGCCCUGAGAUUACACCGCCAACGAAUUGCGAUCGCAUUCGAGGACGCGGCAGAUGUCGUGGACAUCCUGCAAACCAGACACCGGUUCGUCAAGAAUGUGGAUGAGCUAGCGAAGAACCCCAUGAAAACCAUACCAGAAGAAGACGAGUCCGGUGCCACUCACUCCCGACGCCAACCGACUGAGAAAGAGUUGCACGAAAUCAAAGAAGCCAUACUCAGAACGAAAAAGUACGAAUCGCUACAAGGCACCGACAAGAUCGAGAGGACUUUCAGGACGCGGCUCAUGGAGAUCUACUCAGCCUACCACACCUUCAUAUGCACUCCUGUCGGCAAACACCCCCGCCCAAGAUGGACCCAGAUCUGUCGCAUGGACAAUGAAGUCACCACUCAUGUUGCCCGAGUUGCCCAUGCCCAGCAGCAAUUGACAUCCGACGUCUCCCAGCUGAGAAAGUUUCUGCGUGAGCAGCUUUUCGAUCAAUACUGCUUGAUGAGAGUUACCCCGAUGGAGGAGAAGGACGAGACUUGGUUGCAGUAUGGAAAAUGUCUCCUUUCGGGGCACGAAAUCGGUGAUCGCGAAAUCGGAGAGCGAGUUGACGGCAUGAUCGAUGCAUCCGGACUGAACCCGAGUUGGGUGAUGGACCACAUCGAGGACUACCAUCUCGGAAACGACCACAUUGGCAGAUGGCAGCGUUACGUGAGGAGCUGCCGCUGGAAGGAACUCGCAGCAAAAUUUACCAACGACAUUCAGCAACUGGAGAAGAUCAACAGGACCAUCCACUCGAGCAACAGCAGGCGAUGCAACAUCAUGUUCAACAUCCAGAACACCACACGGCAAAUUUUCGCACGGCUAGAUGGAGCCCAAGACUUCGAACUGAGUGAAAAGGCAUUGAGGAUGGACGAGGGCUACGAGAGCACAUCGGCCUCAUCAUCGACAAAGUCAACGGUCAGCUCGGAUGAUUCGAGAGAUUUAGCAGAGCCAUUGGAGGAUGUGAGUCGUUGCAAGACAAUUUGA